AUGACCCACUCAACCCCGAUCACAGCCAGCGGUAGCGCAUGCUCGUACACGCACCAAUUCAAAAAACACUUUGGCGAUCGACCUGUAGCCUUCGCCCUCUCCGAACGAUCUCCUUCACCCUCCAGCCGUGCAACACGGGAUCCUUUCGCCGCUUCAUCUUCUUCCACAACCUCCUCCAUCGCAUCCAGCUCUACACUUGCCACUCCAGCACAAGCCGUCGUUGAUGCGGAGACCCACAACACGUUGGCUAACCUAGGUUGGCGAAUUCGAUCACGCAUCAACCAAGGAUAUACACGGACGAGUACUUCGCUGGAUGAUCCGACGAAUGCAAAGUUUGGCUCAGGGAAUGGUGGGGGUUUCGUCUCGGAACGCGAUGUGCUCAUCAGUGUAGGCAAUACAAGACGCGGAUGGAGUCGGGUCAGCACUGCACCGAACGUCGCUUCGAACUUUGAUGGGUUGAGAGUCGACACUCAGCCUCAACAGACGAUUGAACCGCGGAUGGAGGCGACGAAGAGAAGUAGAAGGUUAUCAGAAGGCGAAGAGGAAGAUAUUGUUGAAGAAACCAUGGAUGCAUAUACAGUAGAAGCGAGGAGAAUCGCCGGUCUACCCAAACUCUCCUUUUCGUCAUCGACUUCGAGCAUCUCCUCGCAAAGUUCCUUCUUCCCACCUUCCCCCAACCAUCUCGCUCCUUCAAGAAGCUUCGUGAGAUCACACAGCUCGAAGAUCUCCCCCUUCACUUCAGCUACAGCGGAAAGAUUCGCCGAUGGACGAGCUGAGAUGGACAUGGAUAUGGACAGCGAUGCGUUGGUGACGGCAAAAAGGUUGGAUGUCGGGUAUGAUUUCUCCAGUCACUUUGACAGCACUGACUUUUAA